AUGAGGUUGUCUGUUGUCGUUCAAGAUGAUCAGCGCAAGUAUAUUCUCGUUUGGGUGUUUUCAUUUCUCAUCCCAGUAUUUUUACUCUUUUCGGCUCUUUUUUCUGGGUUGGCCAUGUCAUUAUUGACUUUAACACGAGCUGAAUUAAAGGUUUUAAGAAAUCAGGGAAACAUUGAAGAAAAGAAAUAUUCAAGAGCUGUAACUCCAUUAAGAAAAAGAGGAAAUUUAUUGUUCUGUACAUUUCUUAUCAUGAACACACUCACAAAUGUUGUAUUAGCUGUCCUCUUUCAUGAAUUGAUUAGUUACUACAGCAUCUUGGCUGCCACUCUGCUGAUAGUUUUUUUAGGAGAGAUUCUUCCACAGACAAUUUGCUCACGAUUUGGUUUGUCAUACGGAAACAAAAUGGCCUGGCUGACUAAUAUCUUUGUUGUGUUAGCCUUUCCAUUCUCGUUUCCUGUAAGCAAGCUGAUGGAUGCUGUGUUGGAUGAUGAAAUUCCAACUGUUUACAAUAGGGACCAAAUACAGGAGAUACUAACUAAACAGCAACAGCCAUCUGAAAAAGUAAAAAAAGAGGACGAGAAUGAUUUGAAGGCUUUGAAGUUAUCCAACAAGACGGUCGGGGAUGUGAUGGUGAAACUGGAGGAAGCCUACAUGGAGGAAUACAACAGUGUGCUCACAGCUGCAAAGGUAACAGAAAUAAUUAAGAAAGGUUACACUCGCAUUCCUGUCUAUGACAAGCUGAGGACGAAUGUAGUGGCACUCCUUCAUUUGAAAGAUCUGACGCUGAUUGAUCCGACGGACAAGUUGACCAUCAAAACAGUCUGCAAGUUCUACAACAGGCCUGUCAAUUUUGUCUUUGAAGAUACAAAACUCAAUGUUAUGUUGGAAGAAUUCAAGAAAGGUUGCCAGUCUCACAUGGCAUUUGUACAGAGAGUGAAUAGUGAUGGCCCAGGAGACCCAUAUUAUGAAACGCUGGGCAUGGUCACACUUGAAGAUGUCAUAGACGAGAUUUUUCAUUCAGACACAAACGCCCACAAACCAGUUAACAAUAAUGUCUUUGAUCCCAACAUACAUUGUAAGUUUUUUUUUUCAUAA